AUGUCAAGUAAUGAGCCAAUCAGUUUCAGGAAUGUUCAUACCAAAAAUGCCUUUGACGUUGUCAAAUUACUAUUUGUGAUUGGGUUUUUGAAAUUUAAAUUUAAGGAUCGGCGUCGUUUUCUUAUUGUUUCUAUAUUCGAUUUUUGUUUUAUAACUCUUCUUUGGUUAAUUUGUACAGUAACGAAAGGAAAUGACUGGUCGACUGUUUUUAAAAAAGAAAUAAAUAUAUUCGAACCAAAUUUUUUGAAAGUUUCGCUCUUCGAUAUCGUUAUAGUCGCCGUUUGUCGUAUGACCAUUGUUUUAUUUUUUUAUGCGGUUUUAUUGAUAAAACAUUGGGUUCCUGUUGGUGUUACUACUGGAGUGACAACACUUUUCCUUGUCAUUAAGGUAUUAUUUUUCUUUUCACCAGCUCAAGGCACAUUACCUCAAUAUCUCGUCAUUUUGAGUUCCUUUAUAAUUGCGUGGUUUGAACUAUGGUUAAUGCCUUUCCGCGUACUUCCUCGUGAACGGCGCAAUUUAACUUCUCAAGAAAAUUCAUUAACAGUUGCUACCGUUCGUAAUGUGUUAACCGAUGAAGAAUUUCGUUCUGCAAUGGAAUUUUCGUCAGGGUCUGAGUCGGAUAUGGAAAAUGCUCCUAAGGUUCCAUUAGAAGGUCGACUUUUUUCGAAAGAACAAUAUAUUGCUGCUGUAAAUAACGCUGAAAUAGCAGUUAAACGAUUGUAUGAACAGGUUGGAACCUGGAAAAUUGUUUCAAGGGAUCCUGAAAUUCGAUUUUGUGAGCAAAAUCGUUUAUAUUUUUUACGUACUGAAAUAAAUUGUUCCGCCGAAUCGCUCUUUAGAGCAGUAUGGAAGGACAAUAAACUUUGGAACCAACAAAUUCUAGAAACGAAGAUUUUGCUUCAUAUUGAUCCUAGUAUUGAAGUUAUUCACUGUAUAAGUGCACCUGCGAUGAGAGGUUAUAUUUCAUCUCGAGAUUUUUUGGAUGUUCGUAAAAAUCAUGUGGAUACGAGUAAUUCGAUAUAUGAAGGUUAUUAUGUUUCCGUUGAUUCGGCGAUACUUCCUCCAAAUCCAAAUGGGAAAAUUAUCCGUGGCUAUAAUGGUCCGAAUUUGAUUCGGGUAUCCAAGUCGUUAACGUCCUCAAAGAUGUGUAUUUUUGAAUGGCUCAUUGAUAACGAUGUUAAGCCGUCCUUAUUUUCGUUAUUUCAGGGUGGUGUGCCAAAACGAAUAAUUGAGCGAACAAUGUGUUCGUUUUUAGUUGCUUAUAUAAAAAAUUUGCAGAAUUUUAUUCAAGAUUGCUCUUCAGAAUAUCCAUAA